GCCGCUGGGGGGCGCCAGCCUGUUGCCGGCACACAGACGCUAAACUUACUCUAGCAGGCAGACAGACAGGCACUACACUUCUCUAGACGACAGACAAGCAAAGUUUCUGACAGGAGAAGAGACAGACAGACUGACAGGUAACGACACGGACCGGAAUGCAGACGGAUAGGAGGAACGAUUUCGACAGACAGGUAUAGAGACGGACAGGCAGCGUAAAGCCCUCAAUGACAACAGCAGCUGCGAGUCAAACCGGGACAGACCGGGUCUAGUAAGGACAGAACGGGAUCAGAGAGGCGGUCAGACCGGGACCAGAGAGGACGGACCGGGUCCAGAGAGGCGGUCAGACCGGGACCAGAGAGGACAGAACGGGAUCAGAGAGGCGGUCAGACCGGCACCAGAGAGGACGGACCGGGACCAGAGAGGACGGACCGGGUCCAGAGAGGCGGUCAGACCGGGACCAGAGUGCUGGUCAGACGGGGACCAGUGAGGACGGAACGGCGGACAGCGGGGCACAGGGCGGACGCAUGGAGACUCUCCGUUGGAAGGGCUGCGGGUUCGAGACCCGCCUGUCCGGGCUGCAGAUCGCGGUGUACUGGCGCCUCUGCCUCCUACUCUUCCUCAACUCCUUCCUCUUCUUCCUCGACCUCUACACCACGUGCACCAGCCGGCACGCGGACCACCGGACGGACAACCGGACCGCACCGGAGGACAACCGGACGGGACCGGAGCACGGAGGACCGACCGGGAGCAGCGAGUCGGAGUGUGUGUGGUUAUCCUACGGACAGACUCUCUACAUUAUUGGACUCCUGCUGGGAUCACUGUUUGGUGGUGCGCCGUCGGACUGGUACGGCCGCCGCGUGGUGCUCCAGGUGUGUGUGUCUGUCCAUGCGGUGUGUGCCGUGCUGCCAGCUGCUCUUCAUCACCCCCUCUUCUUCAUCACCCUGCGCUGCCUGACAGGAGUCUGCAGCAGCCUGACACACAGCAGCGCCUUCAGCCUGGCCGUGGAGUGGAGCGUGCCGGCCUGCCGGGCCUGGCCUCCCGCCCUGUUGGGCCUCUCCUUCAGCCUGGGCAUGGUAGUGCAGGCACCGCUGGCCUACGCCUGCUGCUCCUGGGCCGCGCUGCACCUCGCCCUGGGCCUGCCCCAGAUCCUCUUCCUGCCAAUCCUCAUUUCUCUUCCAGAGUCCCCAUGCUGGUUGUUGUUGAAAAAAAGAACGUCUGUUUUGGAUCAAUAUCGUAAACAAGACCCGGAGUACAUGCAGCAGUUAUUAAACUCAACAGGUGAGGAGGAGAGGGCGGAGCCGGCGGAGGGGGCGGAGCCGGCGGAGGCGGGGCCUGGGGGUCUCUUUGACCUCACUCACCUGAGACACCCCACCGUGAUGCUGAGGCUGGCCGUCAUGAGCUACCUGGGGCUGACCACUGCGCUGACGUACUACGGUAUCUCUCUCAACAUCGGCUCGUUCGGCGUGGACGUUUACCGCGCCCAGUUCUUCUCCGGCCUAUCAGAGACGCCGUGCGUCCUCCUGCCCUUCCUAUUGGCUCGCUGCGGGCGCCGCACCGUGAGCAUGCUCACAAUGUUCCUGAGCGGCCUGGCCUGCCUCCUGUCGCUGGUGGCCUCGCAGAUCUACCGUGAUGCGGUCUGGGGAAUGAGUCUUGCUCUCUUGGGAAAGUUCUGCAUGCUGACCAACAUGUUCGUCUCCCUACUCUACAGCAUCGAACUGUUUCCUACCAUCACCAGACAGAGGUGCCUGGCCCUGGUCAACGUGUUCUACCGUGCCGGCUCCGUCUUCAACACGCUGCUCGACUUCAGCGCCGGCAUCCCAUUGGCUGCCAUGAUUAUCUACGGCUGUGGACCAAUCAUAGGCAGCCUUUUCUGCCUGCUGCUACCGGAGACCAGCCAAGGGCCGCUCCCUGAUUCGCUGGAGGACUGUGAGAGACAGUCGAGGGUCCGCCUUAACCAGGUUAAGACUCACCUCAACCAGGUUAAGACUCACCUUAACCAGGUAGACUCACCCUAACCAGGUUAAGACUCACCUCAACCAGGUUAAGACUCACCUUAACCAGGUAAGACUCACCUUAACCAGGUUAAGACUCACCCUAACCAGGUUAAGACUCACCUCAACCAGGUUAAGACUCACCUUAACCAGGUAGACUCACCUUGACCAAGUUAAGACUCAGCUUAACAAGGUUAAGACUCAAUUUAACCAGGUAGACACACCUUAACCAGGUUAAGACUCAACUCAAACAGGUUAAGACUGACCUUAACCAGGUAGACUCACCUUGACCAGGUUAAGACUCAACUCAACCAGGUUAAGACUCAGCGUAACCAGGUAGACUCACCUUAACCAGGUUAAGACUCACCUUUACCAGGUUAAGACUCAGCUUAACCAGGUUAAGACUCACCUUUACCAGGUUAAGACUCAGCUUCACCAGGUAGACUCACCUUAACCAGAUUAAGACUCGGCUUAACCAGGUUAAGACUCAGCUUAACUAGGUAGACACACCUUAACCAGGUUAAGACUCAGCUUAACCAGGUAGCCUCACCUUAACCAGGUAGACUCACCUUGACUCACCUUAACCAGGUAGACUCACCUUGACCACCAUCUUGAAGACCAAUCAACCAGCAGUUUUCCUUGAAGUGUGUUUGUGUUCAGAGCAGUAUCGACCAAUCACGUUUGAGUUUUUUUUUGUGGUUUUGAUUGAUUAGACUUUAAGUUAUUCUGGUGUUCAGUGUUUAAGUUUGUUUUUGUUAUGCAGGUUAGUUAUGGUUCGCUUAGUGGAAACAUUUCUUCUUCUCUUUCAUCACGUUAUAUUGUACUUUAAUGGAACAUUGAUAACUUUACUAUAUUUACCAUGUUGUUCUGUUACGUUAAUAUAUACAAUGUUGGAAUCUGUUAACAUUAACGUAUAUACAAUGUUGGACUCUGUUAACAUUAAUAUAUUGACUAUGUUGGACUCUGUUAACAUUAAUACAUACACAAUGUUGGGCUCUGUUAACAUUCAUAUAUUUACUAUAUUGGACUCUUAACUUUAAUGUUUACUAGCUUAACGUUCAUAUAUUUACUAUGUUGGACUGUCUUAAUAUUAAUAAUAUAUUUAUUAUUA